UUUCUAACCCAGCAUUCGCUGCAAAAGGGCGUGUAACUUGAGAAAGUUCGAGUUCGGAUACGUUGGCUUUGGCUUUUAGCAGUUACCGUUCGUCUUAUUUGAAGCGCGAUUGUGCGUUUUUAUUUCUCGACGUUUUUUUAAAGAAAUAUUACGCGAACGUGUGUUUUUUGUGUUUCGUUGCGAGUUUUUUUAAUUCGAGAUUAAUUUUCGAGCCAAUUUCGCCAAAGCCUACCUGGAAUAUUAAUGAACUGCCAACAAGAACGGUGUGCGGUUCUGUUGUAAUUUCGUAUCGAAACAGACAAAUAUAAAAAUUCAAAAUUUCCUUCUUAAGCUUCAAACAGUCUAUAACUUCCAAUGUCAAUUACUUAAAAAGAAGAUUCUCUUCUGGGGAUUUAUCCUCAGAAUUGGACGAUGAAGAAGCUGCUCAACAAGGGGUCCAGAGGCCCUCGGGUACGCAGCAGCAACCAGCCACCGGCGCACAAUCAGCUAAACAAAAACAAUAUAGUUCUACCCGUACGGAUACCGAUACGACGCAUACAUCUGGCGGGGGGACCGAUAUGUCGCUCAGUUUUAAUAAACCAUCUUCGAAAACCAUCAGCGCACCGACCAGUCCUGCAAAGACGAGAGAAUCGUUAUUGCAGCGAGUGCAAUCGUUGACUGGUGUCGCUCGUGAUCAAGGCGCUUCACUCAUUGGCGCUGUAACUCAAAGUGCAUCCAGUGUACGUCAACAAGCUUACAAUAAAGACAAACAUUUCACUCUGUUAGUUAUAGAUGAUCCGCAAACGGACUGGACGAAAUAUUUUCGAGGUCGUAAAUUACACGGCGACUACGAUAUUCGAGUGGAACAAGCUCAAUUUAAAGAUAUUUCGGUAACGUGUAGUUUGCAAGAAGGUUUAGUUGUCAGUACUCCAGUCUAUCGUACCGGAUCUAAAGUGAUCAGAGUAUUUCGACCUAAUUUUAUCCUAGUUCGUCAAAAUUUACGAGACGCCGGUGAAAAUUAUAAAAACAUAUUGUUCGGUCUCAUGUACGCCGGCGUUCCCAGUAUAAACUCUUUAAAUGCUAUCUAUAACUUUCAGGAUAAACCUUGGGUUUACGCCCACCUACUCGGAAUACAAAAACGCCUCGGAAAGGAUAAUUUCCCUUUGAUCGAACAAACGUAUUAUCCUAGUAAUAAGGAAAUGAUGAAUUCGCCGAAAUAUCCAGUGGUUUUCAAAGUCGGGCAUGCUCACGGUGGCUUGGGUAAAGCGAAAGCGGAAAAUAACGUCGAAUUCCAAGAUCUAGCUUCAAUGGUGGCCGUCUCUUGUACAUACGCGACUACGGAGCCUUUCAUUGAUAGCAAAUACGAUCUACAUAUACAAAAAAUAGGCAGUAAUUAUAGAGCAUUUACACGAAGAUCUCUAACCGGUUGCUGGAAAACGAAUACUGGAUCAUCGAUCGUUGAAACAGCCACGGUAUCUGAUAGACAUAAAUUAUGGAUCGAUGAAGUAUCCGAAUUAUUCGGCGGAUUGGAUAUUUGCGCUUUGGAAAUAGUCGUUGGUAAAGAUGGCCGAGAACAUAUUAUCGAAGUGAACGAUUCCGCUUUAACGUUGAUGGGAGAUACGCAAGAAGAAGAUAAACGUAUCGUAGCCGAAAUGGUUAUCCAAAGGAUGCAGAUGUACUGUCGCCCUCCAUUGGUCAAAUCAAUGUCUCGUUCUUCCUUAAGCGGUCAAUCGCAACCAGCGUACGCUGCAGCGACUGCAGCAGGUGAUGACGAAGGCGAAGAACGCCAACAAACCUCAUCAUCAGUCACUCAGCCAAGUCGCAGAGACUCUGAAACAUCUCAAGCGAGCAUUUCAAGUCAACCUCAACAAGCUCAACACCGAACUUUAGGCAGGCAGAGUUCGCAAACCGGAAGUAUAGGUAGCGUCGAAGAUUACGAAGACACGAUGAAAAACCUACGUAAAACAUUCGCCGGUAUUUUCGGCGACGAUAAAUAAAUCCUAUAAGAAAACCUACGAGAAAAACUUUCAAUUUAUACCAAAAAAUUAAAUAAGCUGAUUUUUUUUCUCCGCCAUCCCAGAUUAUCUCAUCGGUGGAUUUAUCGUAUUCAAAAAAAUUUUACAGUUACGCAGUAUUCAAAUAGAAUUAUCUAUUCGUACAACCUUCGGUAUCUCUUUUUACUUUUGUUUUUUUUUCUCUCUCUCCUAAUACUAAGGAAUUAUCUAUUAUCUAAGUACCUAGAUAGAUACUCAGCUUCCUAUAUGCGCUUCUUUAUAAAAAAAAAUGUGUUUAACACAGUCGUCGUCUACGAGUAUUUAUAUGAAAGAAUUUACGAGACAAAUGACUCGUUCGAGUAUUUAAAUACUUACCUUUUUUUUUGUUAUUUGCUCUCUUUUUUUUUUUUAAUGUCAAAUUUUAACACCAGUUUUAUUUGAUAUGUAUUUUACCUACUACCUAUUCUUUUCUUUUACUUUUUUUUAAAAAAUCGUAAUGAUAAAUUACGUAGUAAGUGUACUGAAUAGAUGAUAAUUUUUUUUCAGUAUCGAACAUAAUGCUUUUCAAAGAAAUAUUCAUUUUGUGUGCAUUAUCGAUAUUGUAGCAGUACAAAGAGAAGCAUUUUUUUUAGGUUUCGACUAUUUUUUGUUGGUUUUUAUUCGAUGUUUGACAGUUUCGAAUAUUGUUAUAGUGAAUUAGUACUCGUCGAUAUUUGAAAACUAGUCUUUGUAUCGAUGAAAACGUACAUUUUUACUACAACACUACACAACCUAAGCUUUUGAAAAAAAUUUUAUUUUUGUUUUAUUUUUGUAUAAAACUGAAGAUAUAUUUAUAAAUUAAAAAAAAGGGGAAACAAAUACGAGUACCUACAAUAUCAAUAUUAAAGGGUAAACCCAUUUAUAAUAACAUUGAAUUGUUUUUACGAUGAGUGUGUUGUAUUAUUGUAGAGUAGGAAUAUUUAACAUUAUAAUUUAUUGUUGCCUAGCUGUUUGAUGAUGAAGAUUUUGUUAUUUAUUUUCAUUUUGUUAUCUAAUUUAUAAAAUUGUUAUUAUGAAAUAAUACGUAAACGUAAACGUAAUAUAACAACAUUUUCUACUUAAGAAAAAACCAAACCAAUGGAUGCAUUCGCUUUAUUUUUACUGUUUAAUUAUUAUUAUGUAUUCAAUAAACACUUAUUCGAAAUGUA